UCAGAAGAAGAUCUGUGUGCAUUUCUUCCAGGCAUGUUUUGAGACCCAAGAGGGGAUAACAGUAGCUCAUGUGCAACGGGAAUCUGAAUUUCAGGCACAAGCCUUCACCUUUCUCAUGCCCUCACUACUAUGCUGCAAGCCAAAUCACAAGCCAUUGUUUUGAGCAGUUUAAGUCCAGCCUGGGGAGGAGAAAGAGUUAAAGAAAUGCCUCAAGUAUCCUUGCACUCAGCUAAUGAGACUUUGUGUGCAACUGCAAACGCUACAGACCUGACAUCAGUCCCUGAGAACGAAACCUCGAGCGAGACAUGGACCGAAGACUCCUUCCCAGGAUUAGAGAUCCUGUGCACCAUUUACAUCACCUAUGCUGUGAUCAUUGCAGUGGGGCUCCUUGGAAAUGCUAUCCUCAUCAUGGUCUUUUUCAAGAUCAAAUCCAUGCAGACAGUUCCCAACAUCUUCAUCACCAGCCUGGCAUUUGGAGACCUGCUGCUGCUGGUGACUUGUGUGCCUGUCGAUGCAACACGCUACAUCGUGGAUACGUGGCUCUUCGGAAGGAUUGGGUGCAAGCUGCUCUCUUUCAUCCAGUUAACCUCAGUUGGAGUCUCAGUGUUCACCCUGACUGUUCUCAGUGCUGACAGGUACAGAGCCAUCGUUAAGCCCUUGGAACUGCAGACUUCUGAUGCUCUGCUGAAGACCUGCUGUAAAGCUGGCUGUGUUUGGAUUGUCUCCAUGAUACUGGCUAUCCCAGAGGCUGUUUUCUCAGAUCUCUACUCCUUCAGCAACCCUGACAAAAAUGUAACUUUUGAGGCGUGCGCUCCCUAUCCUGUCUCUGAGAAGAUCCUGCAGGAAGCUCACUCCCUGGUUUGCUUCUUGGUGUUCUAUGUUGUACCCUUAGCUGUCAUUUCUGUCUACUAUUUUCUUAUUGCCAGAACUUUGUACAAGAGUACUGCCAACAUGCCAGCAGAAGAACAUGGUCAUGCUCGUAAGCAGAUCGAAUCCCGCAAGAGAGUUGCAAAAACAGUGCUGGUGCUUGUUGCUUUGUUUGCCCUCUGCUGGCUGCCGAACCACAUCCUCUACCUGUACCGCUCCUUCACCUACCACGCCUCUGUAGACGCUUCCACCUUCCACCUGAUAGCCACCAUCUUCUCCCGUGCCUUGGCCUUCAGCAACUCCUGCGUCAAUCCUUUCGCUCUGUACUGGCUGAGCAAAAGCUUCAGGCAGCAUUUCAAGAAGCAGGUCUCGUGCUGCACGGCAAUGCUCCGCUCCAAGCCUCCCGGUGCUCCCCGCAGCGGCACCCCCACCAGAGCCCUCUCGGUCACCGGCAGCACCCACGGCUCAGAAAUCAGCGUCACUCUGCUGACAGAUUACAGCAUCACAAAAGAAGAGGAAAGUGUUUAAAUCCAGCUGCGAGGAGGGAGAGAAAAAGCGAGCCUCUGCGAUCGUGUGGCUGCUGCUGGGAUCCUGGGAAGAGGAGCCGCGCCUCACCCCGGCUCUGGAAGGUUCUUCCUCAGGAGGUCCCUCGUUAUUUCAA